AUGAUGCAAAGAUACAUGCCACUGCCUGUGGCUGCCGUGCGUGCUCUGUCGACAACACCUUGUAGAGCGAAGAAGACCCGGCCCGAGCCAGCUCCUUCGUUCCAAUCGGUGCGCAAGUCGCCGUCCCAGUUGCUGAGCUAUGACCCAGCUGAACUUGAUGAUACGUUUGUCGGCAUGUCUGGAGGACAGAUAUUCCAUGAAAUGAUGCUGCGACACAAGGUGCACACUGUGUUUGGGUAUCCGGGUGGCGCGAUCUUGCCUGUGUUUGAUGCGAUUUACCAAUCGAAGCAUUUCAACUUUGUGCUACCACGUCGUGAGGAUGGUGCAGGACACAUGGCUGAGGGCUUUGCGCGUGCACGCGGUGUCCCGGGAGUCGUGCUGGUGACGUCAGGGCCUGGUGCGACGAAUGUGGUGACGCCGAUGCAGGACGCCAUGAGCGAUGGUGUGCCGCUCGUUGUAUUUUGUGGACAGGUUGCCACAUCGGCAAUUGGAUCAGAUGCAUUCCAGGAGGCCGACGUCGUGGGUAUCAGCCGCAGCUGCACGAAAUGGAAUGUGAUGGUAAAAGACGUUGCUGAGCUGCCGCGUCGCAUCAAUGAAGCGUUCAAAAUUGCUAUGAGUGGACGCCGUGGACCUGUGCUUGUCGACUUGCCCAAAGAUGUGACGGCGUCGAUUCUCAAGCACCCGAUUCCCCAUUCGUGGACGAGUCCCGAGCUAUCGGAGAUGCCUAGUCGCGAGACAGCCAUGCAGCGCAAGUCACGCCUGGGUGGCCUGUUAACGCCGGCAGAUGUUCUGCCUGAGCUUGAGCAGGCUGCGCGCCUUAUUUCUAUUGCACGCCGACCAAUCAUUUAUGCGGGCCAUGGUAUUGUUGCCCACAGCGAGGGCCCACAGCUGCUUCGUGAACUAGCCAUGUCGCAGGACAUUCCUGUGACAACGACUUUGCAUGCACUGGGUGCAUUUGACGAGGAGCACCCCUUGAGUCUGCACAUGCUUGGUAUGCAUGGCUCUGCGUAUGCGAAUUUAGCGAUGCAAAGUGCUGAUCUGAUCAUUGCGCUGGGUGCCCGCUUCGAUGAUCGUGUCACAGGCCGUGUUGACAAAUUUGCGCCUGCUGCCGAUGUCGCAGCGGCUGAGGGCCGGGGUGGAAUUGUUCAUUUUGACAUCAUGCCGAAGAACAUCAAUAAAGUCGUGCAGGCAACGUGUGCCGUGGAAGGCGACGUGACAGCGAACCUGAAGCGCAUGAUACCCCUCCUAUCGACGUCGCCAGAUCGGAGUGAGUGGCUCAAGCAGAUUCAGGCAUGGAAGCAGCGGUACCCAUUCACGUACGAGCCGUCGAACCCUGAGCUCCUGGAGUUGAUGAAGCCGCAAGAAGUAAUUGAAGCACUUGAUGCAGCUGUGCGCGACAUGAAAGACAAUGUGUUUGUGACGUCAGGCGUAGGUCAGCAUCAGAUGUGGGCUGCACAGCAUUUCCGCUGGCGCUAUCCCCGCACAUGGGUGUCAUCUGGUGGUCUAGGCACGAUGGGCUUUGGUCUUCCAUCAGCGAUUGGUGUAAAGGUUGCAAAGCCGGAGGGUGUCGUUGUGGAUAUUGAUGGCGAUGCGAGUUUCAGUAUGACUGCUAUGGAAUUGGCCACUGCUGCGCAAUAUGGCAUUGGUGUGAAGGUUUUGCUGCUGAACAACGAGUUUCAGGGCAUGGUUUUGCAAUGGCAAGAUUUGUUCUAUGAGCGUCGUUACUCGCACACAGAAAUGCACAAUCCCGACUUUGUUAAGCUGGCCGAGGCGAUGGGUGUCAAGGCGAUCCGCUGUGACAAGCUUGACGAGCUUCCCGACAAAAUGAAGGAAUUCGUGGAGUACGACAACACGAAGCCGAUCCUCUUUGAAGCACGCGUUGUAAAGAAUGAACAUGUGUACCCAAUGGUUCCUGCGGGUAAGUCGCUAGAGGAGCAAGUGCUUCAUCCCUCGUUCCGUGUUGCAGCUGCCUAG